UUUCAUCGUUGUCUCGUAUGAAGUGGUUGUCGGCUGAUGGUUACUGAUCACCUUAAUUUUUUCCGUGUUCACGUUCUCUUCUUUACAUUUGCGCCUCUAGUGUUCUCCUGGAUCUUCUAUGGUGCAAAUGGCGCUACACAUAUCCCUUACAUCGACGCCCUAUAUGUGUGCUUCAGCGCGACCACCGUUUGUGGACUCAGUACUAUCGACUUGAGCUCGCUCACAGGCUUUCAGCAAGCGCUUCUGUUCAUACAGUCUGCUAUCGGUAACCAAGUGGUUGUGUCAUGGGUGAUGGUCUAUAUUCGGAGACGGUACUUUCACAGGAAAUUGCAAUACAUCGUCGAGGCGGAGGUUGCAAAGCGCAAGGAACUCGCAGCACUAGAAGAAAGUGCGAGCGGACGGCGACGACUGACACGCUUUUUCACUCGUUAUCCAACGAGGCAAGACAGUGAUAGGAAUGCACACGAAAUCGAGCGGGAUGACCACGAGAAGGGCGCGAGGCAAUCGUCGCUAGAAGGAAGGAUAAUCCGGCGGACAUCCGAACCUCCGCGCCGAGUCGACCCAAAUGGGCUGAUCUCCGAUCCGGUUCCCGUUCCGAAUCAGGGAUCCGAAAACGCAACUUCGGCAUUUACGUCUAAAUCCUCAACUCUACGGAACGACAGACUGACAAUUGAUGCUGGUGGUUGGAGUGAUAAAAUACGGGCUGUAGGGAACAUUGACCCCAUCGAGGAGCAUCUUCGAGCGUCUCAUGAAGGAGCCUCGGCGCCAGAAGGGAACGAUUAUUUUGGAUUGAGGGUUGAGAGUCCCGCGGUGGCAAGCAGUAUCAACCCGUCAAUUGACAUUAUCCAUGAUGACCGAACGUAUAUUCCACCUGGCGGCGCGCCACUGCGUCGACGUACGACGGUCUGGACGACCCGACGACAGUCCACAAGGCAGCAGAUAUUAAGAGGCAUUCCAGAGGCCGACGAGAUAGUCCAUGAGGAAUAUGUCCCAUCACGUCCAGCUGCGAAGAACAGAGGUUACGGUGGAUUUCCGUAUCCUACAACUUAUCUUUAUCGCCUGCUCCAAAGAGCGUACCGAAGGCUGCGUAACAGGUUCAUGGGUUGGCGAGAGCUUAAGCCUACGGUAACGAGUGAAAAGACUAUACCGUAUUCAAACACCCGAGAAUCCGGGAAAAUGUAUGACAUGACGAAGACUGUCAAAUAUUUUUCGGAUUCGUUCAAUGCGCUUAUUGGACGGAAUUCAAAGUUCUAUGAUUUAACGGAAGAGAAUCUCGAGGAACUCGGUGGAGUGGAAUAUCGUGCGCUAAAUGCCUUGCUUUGGAUUGUUGCUACUUAUCACAUCCUAACCCAGCUCCUUUCUUUCGCAAUUAUUGCACCGUACCUCUCAAUCAGACAUUGGGUCUCUGUUUUCAAUCCGCCGAGCCUCCAUCAACAUGUCAGCCCAGUGUGGUAUAGCGCAUUCCAAGUCGUAUCGGCGUACACGACGUGUGGACUGUCCCUCGUGGAUCAAUCAAUGGUGCCGUUUCAGGAGGCGUAUCCCUUGAUUUUUGUCUGCACGUUCUUAAUUUUCGCAGGCUUCCUGGCUUAUCCCGUCUUCCUUCGAUUCUUCAUCUGGUCGAUUAUGAAACUAAUCCCGAAUACGCGACUAAAUGAGACUCUACAUUUUCUGCUUGACCAUCCUCGCCGAUGCUACAUUUAUCUAUUCCCAUCACAUCAGACGCGACUCCUUCUGCUUGCAAUCGUUUUGCUUCACUGUGUUGAUUAUUUCUUCUUUCUCGUACUAAAUAUCGGGGCCGCCGCGUAUGAGACAAUACCGCUCGGUGUGCGCUUCGCAGUUGGUAUAUUGCAGGCGACGUCAGCCAGAGCGGCGGGAUUCGCAAUUGUCUCAAUAUCGAGCCUUGCACCUGCGUUGCAAGUGUUAUUUGUCAUCGUGAUGUAUCUUGGUGUUUAUCCCAUCGCUUUAAGUGUCCAAGCUACGAAUGUCUAUGAAGAGAAGUCUCUAGGUGUCUUCGAAGAUGAAGAAGAAGCGGAGGAGACCGACUUUGAGCCGAAAGUAGAGGAUUCUCAACCAUCGUCGUACGGUCGAUACAUGGCAUGGCAUGCUCGGAGGCAACUUGCAUUUGAUAUGUGGUGGCUUGGGCUCGUAUUAUUCGUUCUGUGUAUCAUUGAACGCGGCAAGAUUCAGAAUAGCGACAACUUUGAGUGGUUUACUAUAUUCGCUCUCAUUUUCGAGAUCAUCUCUGCGUAUACAGGUGUUGGCAUGAGCCUUGGAGUUCCUUACGCAAACUUCUCCUUUUCCGGUGCCUUUACACCCCUUUCAAAGCUCAUCAUGGUCGCCGUUAUGCUUCGCGGUCGACAUCGUGGAUUACCCGUGGCGAUUGAUCGAGCCGUUAUGCUGCCUUUUGAAUUCCAGAAAGCCGCACCGAGUGAUGGUGCCACUACUGAAGAAGGUCACUAUGGUGAAAACGGGGCGAGGAUGGGAAAUACGGAUCAUAUUGCGGUGCUUAAUAGGAUAAUUGGCGAUGAUAGAAACUCUAAGAAGCAGAACGCGCUGAACGAAGAAUAAUUUUCACUUCCUUUUGGAAAUUGGACUUUUGCCUUGGAGGGAUACUAAUUCUGAAUUAACCUUUCGGUUGUAACUCAUCUCUAGAUAGCAGGCUUUCGGAGGAUAAGGAUAGAAACUAGAUAAAAUAGGGUAUUUUGACAUAAU